GAACCAACUCCCCAACAGCUCGCCGAGGCUCAGAAAAUAAACCGUUCAAGAAGAUACGAGGCUGAAGAUGACACCCUCCGGUUCUGUGCUCACAUGAUUAUGCACGGAGGUAAAAGACAGCGGGCAAGAAGAUACAUAAACCAAGCCCUAUAUCUGGUUUAUCUUGAAACUAGGGAGAACCCUGUGGAAAUUUUGAAGCAGGUUCUAGACACUGUGGCUCCAUUGGUGGUGACACGCGUUGUGAAAACUGGAUUUGCCAAGAACUACUCUAUUCCUGCCGCCUUGACUCCUAGACAGCGGAUGCGUACUGGGUUCAAAUGGAUUUUGGAGGCCAGUGAUAGCCGUGCUUCAAACGACUUCCCUGUGCGUCUUGCCGAAGAAAUCAUGAACGUUUACAGAGGAAACUCGAAAUUGCUUGAGAAGAAGAUCUCUUUGCACAAACAAGCUAUUGCUGUCCGAUCUUACCUGAAGCUAUGA